AUACUACAUCCGUAGGAUCAUGUGCUUUUUAGGAGUGCAAUGGUACAUGUGAGCAAUGAACAAAAGAUAUUUUUUAAAAAUAUCUCGAUAACUAAUAAGUCUUUUAUCAUUGUACUUCAAUACUCUUUUACGUAGAAUGUCUUUAUAUAAAAAAAGAAGUAACCAAUACCAUUAAAAAAAGGAAUAGAAUUGUUGACUGCAUGUACACCAUUACUCUUCUAUAACAAACAUGACUCUAUGGGUAUAGUAUUUUUUGAACCAUUCAUCUUUCUCCUUUCGCAUUUUUCUCUAACUGUGCUAGUGACGAAGUUAUAACUAGACAUGAUUGCGUGGUAUACACCCUGUAUAUGUGUUAUAUACAUUAUACGAGAGGAGUGAGAAAUUAAAGUUUAAACAAUCGUUUGAAAUUUCGGAAUAUUACGCCAAUGUGUGUACGAACGAUAAGUGAAGAAGCAGAAGCUCACGGCGCGGCGUUCUGUCAAGUUACGUUAACCUCAUAGUGUAGUAAUAUUCAGGACAAAUGUCGAAGUGAAUCGAAUAAGAGUUACAGGGUAAAAUGAGUUUACCCAGCGUAAGUGAUUAUUCUUUGUUAGAAAAAAUCGGUGCGGGGAGUUACGCGACUGUUUACAAAGCCUUUAAGAAGGAUGGAUGCCGAGAGGUAGUCGCAAUCAAGUGUGUAGACAAAUCAUCACUCUCCAAGUCGGCUAUCGAUAAUAUCGUCACGGAGAUCUAUCUCCUAAAAAUACUGCGCCACGAGAAUAUCGUCGAAAUGAGGGAUUUUUUUUGGGACGAAGGGCACAUAUACAUCGUAAUGGAAUACUGUGAUGGUGGCGAUCUAUCGAGUUUUAUAAAGAAGAGGCACAAGUUACCCGAGCAAAUUUGUCGUCGAUUUUUGCAACAACUUGCACUCGCUCUAAAAUAUCUACGUAAUAAUAAUGUUUGUCAUAUGGAUUUGAAACCCCAAAAUUUAUUGCUAAUCAGAAGGCCACAAUUAACAUUAAAAGUUGGAGAUUUCGGUUUCGCUCGAUUUCUUUCGAAUUCGCAAACAAAAUUUGCGAUUUGUGGUUCUCCACUUUACAUGGCGCCAGAAAUUUUAUUGAAGAACAAAUAUGAUGCUCGUGUUGAUUUGUGGAGCGUCGGCGUGAUCAUGUACGAAUGCCUUUUUGGCGAAGCUCCGUAUUCUAGCAACAGCUUCCAGGAGCUAGCUGAGAAGAUCAAGGACUGCCGACCUAUUAAGUUACCGAAAGGCUCGCAUGUCUCAUCGGAGUGCAAGGAUUUAUUGAUGUCCUUGUUGAGACACAACCCUGACGAGAGGAUAACGUUUGAUGAAUUUUUCGCCCAUGAUUUCCUGGAUUUGGCUCAUGCGCCAACAAAGGAAAAUUACGACAAGGCGGUAGAGUUAAUUCAAAAGGCUGUGAAAAUGGAUGCAGAAAAGAAUUCGAAAGAAGCUUUACAUUUAUAUUGUGAAGCUCUUAGAUAUUUUAUUCCUAUUGUAACAAGUGAGACUGAUUUAAAGAGGAAAGAAAGUUUAAGAUCACGCAUAAAUGAUUAUAUUAAAAGAGCAGAGGUAUUGAAAGCAUCCUGUAUAGAUAAUAGUAAUGAUACAGAUAAAUGUGUUCCUGUGGAGCAUAAAGAAUAUUCUAUUCAGAGGAUAUCAUCUUUAAAUGAGGCGUCAUUUGUGUAUCACGAACUACGAACGCUUAGCAAAAGUACAACCAGUAUGGCGGAUGGGCUUGAAAUAGGAGCAAUCGCCGAACUGUAUCUUGCGGAAGGAAAUUAUGCGCUUGCGUUAGAAAAAUUUCAAUCUUGUCUAGGAAUAUUGGUACCUCUUUUGCGAAAAGAACCUCCAGGUCGAAGAAGAGAUUUGUUACAUAAACAGGUACAAUACUGGAUGAAAGGAGCCGAAAGUACCAAAGGGCUUUUAGCUACUAAAGAUAUCGAGGAGUCCGCACAACAUGCCUCUGAUACGUACGAGCAAUGCAUACUGCAGUAAUUCAAAAUUUCCAUUUAAUAUAAAGCAUUAUUUGUACUGGUAGCACGUUCUGAAAUUUUUUCCGAGACAAAUAUGAGUACUUACUGUGUCACUUGUAUUAUAAUGUAUCUAUAUAUAUAUAUAUAUAUAUAUAGAAUGUUUCCAUUUAUUUAUGGAAAAAAAUAAAUAAUUUUAUAUUUCA